AUCUGAACCACUUGAAUAUGAACAUGUACCACCACAGUACACAACCACACCAAUUUGGGGCCGAGGAUGCCGCACGACACGCGCACGACUCGCACUGCCCGCCGCCAUCAUGGACCUUGACGCCCGCUUUUUCGAUGACGACGACCUGGACUUCCUCGACGACGCCCUCGAUACUCUGCCCGCCCACACCCUCCAACAGCUCGAGACGUCGGCGAUCCGCGCGACGCAGCAGCAGCAGCCGCACCGCGCUCCCGAAUCCGACUAUGGCCUUGGGCCCGAUGAAGACGACGGCAACGAUGGCGAGGUGCUGGGCGAGGUCGUCAACCUAAACGACCUUGCCGUGCCUGGGCCGCCAGCAUGGAUGACGCUUGAUGCUCACGAACCCAACCCCCCUUCCGGCAUUGGAAGCCAGCAUACGGGCGAAGGUUGCGCCAUAAACAGAGACUCGAGCAUAGGGGACGACUUGUCACGGCGGGCACAAAUUGAUCCAAAUCAACUGCUGCUGCGCAUUAAAAAGCUGGAGCAGGAAAAGGCCCGCCUGACCAAGGAGGUGCACAGCGAGAAGUCGAAGCUCUUGUUGAAGUCGGGAGAAACCGAGACGGCACGACGCAGACUAGACGCGGCAACCCGUGAGCAUGAACGUCGCGUAUCAUCCUUGCAGCAAUCCCAUAACGAAGCAAUUGCGAACCUCAGAGCAGAACUGGACAAGAUGCGACAGGAGCGCGAGCAGGCCCGCACGAACACCAUGUUCCUGGAGCACGACUUGGCGCUCGAGGCCGACAAGGCGAAGCGGCUGAGAAGGGGUGCGCGGGAAGGCAUGCCUUUACGGCCGAGACAGCCUGUCGUUGCAGGCCCUUAUGCAUCUCCGAAGCGGCUUCAGAGAAGCCUGCCCCUGCGCGAUGGUUUCGACGACGAAGAUAUGAUUACCAUGUCACCGACAAGGAACCGAGAAAAGUCCAAGCCGUCGACCCCGAAACAGGCCACCAAGCGGAAACGAGCCAACGCGGAUCAGAGUCCUGUCCCACCACUCCAGCUAAGUGAACAGCAAGACAAGACGGAGGAGCUUGUCCCCGCUGCGUGGGAGCCAGACCGCUUUCUUCUGGAUACCCUUCGGCAAGGCGAUCGUCGGUAUGAACUCCUCCGGCUGUUACUGAAUAGACGCGCUUCGGGAGGGCGAGACGUCAGGAUUCUCGAGGCGUUAACACAGUACGCACUACCAUCGGAGACGGAGAUCCCAUUAUCCUCGCGAUUAUUGAAUGGCUUGAGUGCCUGCAGCGCGGAGCAGAACCCUCAGGACUUUCCUCUCAGAUUGUGUCAUCUGUUUAUCGCCUUGUGGGAUCAAUGUCUGCAGGAGAGAUAUUACGCCCCAAUAUACCUCUUGUCGGACGCCGUCUACCUGAUACUUGCCCAUGAGCCUUGUUCCACCGCCAUCGCCCUUGCUGAGCGCGUUGUUCCUACCAUUUUGGCCUCCGUAGAUUUGGUGGCAUUCCCAAUUGCCCGAGCUUGCAUGAAGUACAUGCCGGCUACAGAUUUGUACUCUCCGGCUCAGCGCAAAGUGAGCGAUGAAAUCGAUGUCGUUGGAUGCUUGGAUCUUCUCCAGGUGAUCGCAGCAUCGUGCAAGACGUCCGUCACAGCUACAGCCCAGUUAUGGCAGUGCAUACCAAUUGACUUCCCUCUCCACCUCUUGAGAAAGGCACAGGCUUUACCUUGCAUCAGUCGAAUGCUUCUAAUACUCAGCACUUCCAACCUACCAGACUCCAUUGGGCCCAGAGUCCUCAAUAACUUCGGGCCGGAGCAGCAGGAGAAGCGAGAAGCCGACCUUAUAGAUCGCUUGACAAAGCUAUUGGCGGACGACCUGGAACCGAUCCCUGAUCCAUCCAUAUCCAAUCUGUCGCCUAGCCAGAACGUAAAAUACCCUGCCAGUGAGGUUCUGGAGCUGCGCCUCCAAAUCCUCCAUCUUCUCACCGCCUUCAGUAUCUCGGAGUACGGCUGCUCACGUUUGGCAAACCUUCGAUACUGCAUCGGUCGUUUGAUCAAAUUUCUUGAUGAGCAGAUUGCAAAGUUAUAUAUGGAGGCCCCUUUCCCCGCCCAGGAGUUGGUCGCUGCCUCCAUCAAUACCACGAUGAGGCUGAUACACCAUUUGUGGACCUCCGCGCCGGGCUUUGACAUCAAAGCCAAGCUGAAUGUCAUUUCCGGCGGUCACCAUAGGUAUCUUGUCGCUCUCACAAGGCUCGCUUUCAGCGAGCGUUUAGUACUUGAGCAUGGUAUCGAAAAGGAUGUCGUUGACGCUUCUUAUGCCAUCCUCGACGCAGGCCUUACUCCUGAGGAAGGUGAAGGUUUGCUGCAGGUCUUCAGUAGCGCAAGUACACUCUAGGUAAUAGGAUCGUCUAUCGCGAAUGAAACUCCCGUGAAGAAAGAGCUAGCUCUUCAGCUGUAUGCCAACAUGCUCCAUCUCUUCAUCCAGCGUAAAAGGAGCUCCGGCCAAUUCAUCGAUCGACGGGACUCCUUAACGUUUCGGAUCAGGUCAGGGUUGCGCAGAGCACACAUCUCCUCUCUUUGAUUCAAUACUAUUGGCUUCGCAAGCAAUAUACCCCUGCUAAAGAAAAGCUUCUAGAGAAUGGUUAGGUAUGAUUUGGGCGGGGAAGACACGAGUGAAGGUGGUUCAGCAAUCUUAUUCGAUUGAGAUGUUAUAAACCUCGCAAGCUUGUAAACGCAAAGCACAUUAUGGCCGUAACCGAUGGUUCAGUGCGCUUGCGUGUACCUGUUCUCAUAUCUUAUACACCAUCCCACCUGAAUACAUGAUCUUAUUGCUGUCACU